GAGCGAGGAAGCCAUUUAAAGCACGACCCAGAGCAUCGGAAUCAAAGCAACCAGGUUGAAGAAGCAUACACCAGACGAGACUCUGAUGUUGAUAGGAUAGGAAUGGUGGUCGAACCAAAUAACUGUCAACGACGGAGAUCAUGUCAAAAAAUCGCUUGCAAAAUACUCAAGGGAGCGUAGUAAACACAAAAGGGUGCUUCAAUAUUUGUUGUCCCGCUUUGGUAGUGGUUAGGACCGUACUGCCUUAUAUGUCGUGUGGCUGAGGUAGCUCAACUCUCCUCUCUGCCGGCAACACUCUCCACGAUUGCUGAUACACGAUGUCUGAUCGAUUGACGUUUUUUGGAAGGGGGCAAUCUUCUACGCCUCCCGGUGGCCCACCGCGACCCUCGAACCUUGUUCCUGACCUCCAGAUCACUACCUCUCCAUCUGAAAGCGAUGCAACAACUAGCACAGAUCACGGUGGAUCUAAUGGAUCCCGUCUUAAGCCUCUUACUACUGGCGGUAGUUCUCGAGGUCGGAAGCAGCGGUGGUCUGUUCGGCACUCUGUAGCUAAGCUGUUGAGCAGAAGUCCCAGUCCCAAUCCCACUCAUGUGGACCAAUCGAAGUCAUUCGAUCCCAGACAAUCUGACCCCUCUACGCCCAAUCCGCCAUCCCCUGAUCUAUCGCCAUCUCGCAUUCUCCCUGAAGGGGGCACCGAUAUCUCUCACAUGAUGCCCAGCGAGCGCAUCGUCCAUGGAAACACUGGGACUCACCACUCACCACUAGGACACAUAGGCGUUGAAUCAGAUACCCCGUCGUCAAUAGAUCGAACACCGUCCCCUGCAGUUGUCCCUGCUGGUGACGGGAAGAAAACAAUCAUCGCCGCCACAAGGCUCAUCCUCCAAACCGCCGCUUCUGCUCUUAAGUUAGCCCCCAUUCCGAAUCUCGAUCAAAUACCAAAUAUACUCCUAUCGUGGCUCCAAGUUUAUGAGACCAUCGACAACAAUGACGAAAAUCUCAAGGGAUUAGACGAUGAAGUUCGAGACGCUCACGAAACAAUCUUUAGGCCUCUCCAGUUGUGGACUGGAAAAAUUCCUCCCGAAAUAGGUGAUCUAAUUCAACGAUUUAACUUAGAUCUAAAACAACGCUUACAGCAAAUUGAGGCACUCAAACAUCAAAACCUUCCCAAGCGGGUAAUCUCAGCGACUGAGAUAACCCAGGAAAUAAGCGCCGUGAAGUCCUGUAUCCGUGAUGCUGUCUCCCGCUUUACGACCGCUGCGACGACUCUGAAUCUCCUCCACACAAUUCAGUCAUCGGUGGACCGCGAACUCUCGAAACUCUACAAAGCAAAGGCGGAAUACUUUGCAGUGAAAAGCAAGUCGAAAUGCCUGGAAAACACAUGUGUCCAGAUCCAGGAAUCGAUACUCGAUCAUCUGGAGAAACGGGAGCACCGAUUUGUCUGGCUUCGUGGUUCUCCAGGUACUGGAAAGACUGCUAUAUCGAUGAGCGUUGCCUCGGCUCUCAAAAAACAAGAUCGCUUGGCGGCAUCUUUCUUCUGGGACAAAAAUCGGAAGGGAGAGGGACUUGCUUCCAUUGAACACUUUCCCUCUACUCUUGCACGCCAGCUUGCGUUGUUUAAUGCCGAAUACGAGGGUCUUCUUGUCAGUCAUCUUCGACAGACCUCGGCACUGAAGGACCUCCCAGAUUCCACUCCGGAGGAGCAGAUGCAAUCUUUGAUUGUCGAUCUUAUGCACAAACUCUUAUCUUUGGGUGAGGGGCGCUCCGUCAUCAUUUUGGAUGGACUGGACGAGUGUGGGGAUCAGGAGGAACUUGAGUCCUUAAUGAAGUUAGUACUUAUCCUUGGUGAGCUGCCGGCCACAUUUGCCGUGUUGGUGAGCUGUCGGCCAGAGUCAUCUGUGGUAUCGGCUUGGGUUGGAGGCCGGGAUCAGGGUCUUGUCAUCCCAUAUGAAGAUGUGGACAUUGUCGCUGAGGAAGAGAACUCCAACACUAUCCACCGCAUGGUGUCGGAAGGCCUCCAGGGUUGCAUCGAUAAGUCUUCCUGGAAACCAUCAAAAGAAGACGUCGAUGUAUUUGUCUCGGCAUGUCGUGGACUGCCUAUUAUCGCCUCAAUCCGAGUCCGGGAUGUCUCCAUUCGAACUCGUCGUGGUGCAACCCUUCGAUCCGAGUUCAAAUACUUUCGUGAUCUCAUCGAUGCCCCUGUUGACGUCAAUUUGGAGUACCUGCGCAUACUUCGCCGUGCCUAUAUAUUCGACUCAUCUGGAGUUCCUCCACAUAUAGCGGAGAACUAUCGCCAAGUGGUUGCCACAAUCAAUGUGGCGUUUGAGCCACUGAGUGCAUUUUCCAUGUCGCAGCUAUUAGGAAUUGACGAGGAAGAGGUCUUAGCCAUAUUGGAUCCAAUUAGCUCUAUUGUUGGUUUCUCUGAAGAAAGUGGCUUGGAACGUUCCUCACAAAUUUCCUCAGAGGACCCAAAGGACCCAAAGGGUGUCAAAUUCUAUCAUGCAACGAUGAAAGAGUUCAUUGCGGGGGAUCCGAUUGGUAACGAGAAUGACAAAGGAUUCUUUAUCAAGGAUGUGAAUAAGUAUUUCCUCGGACCACCGCUCCUCCGAUUUUUCAAUAAAAGUUGUGAGCGAGAUGUGUUUGGGGUGCCUGCCAUGCUCCCUUUAGGAGACAAACGAAAAUGGGAUGAUUUUAUGGAGAGAGAACUUCAUCACCCCCAGCAUCAUCUCCGAUAUACUCGUCGACAUUUAUUGAAACACUUGGACCCCUCACAGCUCUUUGCACAAGGGUCCAAUUUGCAGAACGAGUUUAAUACAUUCCUCAUGCGAAACUUGAUUACAUUUAUGCACUUGGCGCUACAUGAUGAAUGGCAGCACAGGGGAUUCCCUGAUGGAUUUAAUGAAUUCAAGAAUUGCGAUUCAUUCAAACUUUUGAAAGAAGCUCGAGAAAAGCAAUUCGUGCGUUAUCUGGGUGGGAUUUCCUUUGCACCAUGGAACCUCCAUCGAUCGACCCUUCCUUUCACCCCAUCCUCAUCGCCUUUGUACAAACUCUAUGGCCACCUCUCCGAUCCCGUCCGGAUCUUCACCAUUUCCGGCGAGUUUUCCGGGCACAGAAUCCCAUUGAGUGAGGAUUCACUCAAUGCUCGAAUGGUCAUGGAGGCGAAGCUAUCUAAUUUGCCAGAGAAGGUUGGUAGUGAGGCCGAUAGUGAGGCCGAUAGUGAGGCCGAUGUUGAGAUUGAUCCUGAUGCCCAAUUCAACGACCCUGAUGUUCGUAACGGUAUUGUGACAUGUGUGGCGCUCUCCCUUGAUGGUCGCCAUGUAGCGCUUGGUUUUGGUAGCGGUGUCAUUGAGCUCGCUGAUAUCGACCAGCAGCACAUGAUUUCCCGAUUCCAGCUCAAUCCACCCAACCAUCCAGUCUGGAUCGAAUUUGUUCAUGGCAGCCACCGAGUUGCUGCCGAGGACAAUGAGGGAAAUGUCACCAUCCUUAGACAUGAUAUGACCCCCAUUAAUCUUGGUACUCUUCCCAACGGUUCUCCUGCUGUAACUCGAGUAUCAGAUGACGGAUUACUUAUCAUACGGGUUCCACGGAACACUGAUAGCUCUUGGUACGACAGCCUGACUCUCAUAUCCAUUUUGGGUGACCCGCACAUGCAGCACCUCGCACCCCCUUCCAAUAAUUUCACUCCAACUUCCAACCCUCCUAUCUUAGCCUCCGAGUCUUCUGCUUCGUCCUCUGCAUCCAUCAAAACUGACCCAGAUGACAUUAUGCUCGCUAUUCCUCACCGUCGCACGCUUGGGUUUUCUCCGGGAGCACGUUAUAUCGGUAUUUUCGAUGGCCUCAGCGCUUUCACCUGGUCGACAGAUUCGGGUGAGCUCGUUGCGAGUUAUUGUGUGACGGAUUUCAAUUUUUGGAUUAUGCAUCCUGCUGUUUCCCCCACCUGCUCUCAUCGCACCCCUGAUCCUAUAUAUGCUCGACCUACCCUUCCCUUAACAGAAGGUGGAGCAGCAGAUCGACAUCAUUCCGAAACAGAUGCAGGGCAUAACUUGGACGAGUCCUGGAUUAAGAGUCCAUUUUAUGUUCUCUUGCAAACUGAGGACGAUGAGUGGAUCUGGCAGAACAAGAGAUGGCAGAGGUGUUUAAUCCAUUCAUCUGCUGCCGGAAGAACCCCACUGUUCAGAACCAGUGGACGCUAUGGGCUACCAGUUCUCUUCAAUGGCAAAUUAGAAUUCGUUAUUCCCAAGAAGUAUUCACCAGUUUUUUCUUUUGGUGCCAAAGGUCUAGGCACUUGGUAUAGUGAUCAAGUGCCAGCUGAUCCUACCCUUCUGUACAGCCCUCGAUCCAGCAAAGAUGGGACUCGAAUCCUCCUCCAAGGCCGGCAGACAGCUCCAAUCGUUAUUGAUCUUAGCCAAGUCAUUUAGGACGUUAUAUUUACUUGUUCGUCCUCAAGCUCGAAUGUUUUUCUCACAACAUCAUUCAGAAUUGGAAUUGUGGAACAAUGAACCAACGGAGUGAGCAGGCCCCCCAUUAGCAUGCACAGAGGUCGCUUCACCCUACCUGCAUCCGCAACACUAUGACUGUGCCUUGCCCGUUCUAUCUGCUGUUCAAGAUCGAGGGGGGGAAGCGUCAAGUUUCGCUAGGUCGUCCUUUCAUCCUUCUGGACUUCCCCUCGCCGACUUUCCCUCUCCCUAGGACGCAGUAGGCAUGAAUAACCCUGGGACUUCAAUGGACCCACGAGCGUUCCGUCUCUGCGCUGUCUUUUGAGUCCCAGUCGGGCAAAAUGAAUGCUUAGUAUUGAAAACGCAGAGACUUCUGAUCUUGCUCCUU